AUGGGUAACUCCGGCAGCCGCGAGAGCGGCUCGCCCGUGGAUGUGGAGGCAGCCAUGCAAUUUUGUACACCGCAUGAGAAGCAACUUUACGAAUUUUACCGGAAUUACUACUACCCGGACCUGGAAAAGUCCGCAAUCUAUCACGCUGUGCACGCCUACACCCAGAACGACGUGGCACACAAGAACGCCGACGUGCUAGCACUUUCCGCGCACGAGAAGAAAAAAGAACAAGAAAAGCAGCAACGUGUUGGCGCUGCAGACUGGCUUUACGGAAACGUCGAAGGAGGUGCCAGAAGGGGCAACGCCGAUGCUGAUAGUGCUUUGGCCGCACGCGAGAGGCUUCUUGCACUGAAGAAAGACGACCGAACGACGGCCAUUGUGGACGAGCGGCUGAAGCAUUUGCAGAGCUUCUUGGGCAGAGCUGCAGAGAAUCAAGACAGACUGACCGCUGAUAUUCCAAUUUUUCAAGCCCCGGACGGCGCUCGAAGUGGUGGUGUUGAUGCUGAGCCAAACAACGACCCCCUUCCCACGACUGGCACGCCAGAGAGGGAUUUUUUUUCUAAAAACCUCCUCAAGGCUUGCAGGCCAACAGGCUGGCUAAUCAACCCCGCUGUGGUCGCCCCGCCCCGAGGACCGCCAUCACCUACUAGCCAAAAGCUUGGCACGAGCUCAUCCCGAUCUGGUGGCACAACUUCAACUCCACACAGGCGCGCAGCGGUAGAUUUAUCAGCGCGUUCGCAGGUGCAGAGCGAGGAAAUACGUCUAGCCAAAGACGAUGUACAACCUCGUGAGGAACAAGACCAGAGCCAGACCUACUCCCCGCUGUCGGUAAUGCUGGACGACGACAGCGCCGCAGUGUUAGAAUCGGCCAAAACCUUGCAAAGCUUCAACGACGGGCCCACGAAGGUAGACGAUUUGCACUACCUCGCCCUGAGCCUGCAGUCCUGCGCCCAGUUCUUCUGGCCGCCCCGGGCGAAGCCGUGCCGGCUGCAGGGCUCCAUUCCGCGGAAUUACAAAAGCAGCAAAACGAGCGAGCAGCUGAGCGCGCUUGAGCGCCAGUGGUUUCUAGAAUCCGACUUCGACUUCGCCGUGAAAUUGGACGACGGAAAGAUGAAAAAUCUCUCCCGCACCUGGGACGCAGACGAAGCCGAAAUUCCGUGGUGCGGCGCCUGCUCAAGGCGCGUCGACUUCGAUGACGGCAUUUCCGUCAUGGCCUGCGUGUAUUCGUUUGCGGUCAUAAAUGUCGACGGUGGACAAGGAGCUCAUAGUCAACAUUACCUUGGCCUACAUUUCUGCAAGCACGUAGACGACCCGGCACGAAUACAGAGAGCGUUGCUGCCAUCGGUGGGCAAAAAGGAAGGUGGGAUCGCUUCACCGAAUAGUAAACGCGCUGCUCCACAAGAAGAUGCAAUAGCAGCCACCUCACCUGCUAAAGUAAACACUCGUGUUAGCGCGAGGACCCCGAGCCAAUCUCAGCACGCUGUGGAAGACCUCGUCGAAACGCUGAGGGACGCUGCCGACCCGCUGCGGGACUUUAUUCAAACCCGCAAUGAUGUUUCUCUGCUGACCACCUUCUCCAUGUUUUCGCGCUACUGCCACCGCCACAUCAUCGUGAAACUGGACAGCAUGCUCGCGGAAAAUUUGUCUUCGAACAACGAUAAACUCGGAUAUCUGGCACGACUCUUCCCGUUGGUGAAGAUCCAGCACCUGAAAGAAGCCAUCAGCGCCAGUUCGACGAUGCCGGUCGUCACGUCCUUGCUUCUGCAAGAAGAGGUGGACCACGCCAGCCUCUAUUUCCAGACCGCGGCCGAGCAAAACGAGUUCCGCGCCAAGAACCGCGCGGACUCGAACCUGCGCCAGUUUCUGUUUCGCGGGCGGCUGAACAGCGUGGACCGGGAUGAGCAGGUGGAAUUUUUGCAGGGAAAAAUCGACCAGUUGAACUUCGCGAAGGAGACGAGCACCAGAAACCGACUCCCCCUAGACUUGAAUCAGCACGGCUUCAAGAGCGGCAGUGAGGAGAAGAAAGUUUUGCGCUGGUGUCAGCAGGAGUACAGCCACAUUCCGGUGAAACGGCUUCGGCAGAUCCUGAAGGAGUUCAACUACUGCCUGGUUUGCAAGGACUGGGAUCUAGAGCCCAUUUUCGAGGCGGAAAACCUGUCGUUCCUGCGAAAGCGGAAAACCGAGGUGCUGGAGGAAAGAGAAGCGGCGAACAACAACUUCUUCACAAUCAUGGGCCGCAUGCUGUUCGGCGGAGACCCCGAAAGCGAGCUCGUCGACGGGCAGGACGACGCAGCGCCAGAUGCAGCACCAGCUUCAACCACUGCUAGAAUGGACAGCGCCACGACCAGCAGCUCAUCCGCGUCGCCGUCUUUCGCUCGCGAGGAUCAGUCUAGAAAUAGUCCCGGCGGAGAAACAGAAAUGACGGUAAGGCGGCGCACGAAUGCUGUGGUAAGCGCUUCUGGAGGUAGAAGCAAAAGCAGCACCUCCUCGUCGUGUCUCCCCGGCAGCGCGUCCGCAGCUGCCUCGUCCUCGCGCAACUACAACAAUAGUAGUACCAUCAAGCCCUCUUAUUCCACUUCACCGUCGAAAAGCGACAAUCUGACCAACGCCCAGCGGCAAGCGAACGAGCGGCUGCGAAACGCGCCGCCGGAACUGCAGCGGAAAUGGAGAGCGAAGCAACUGGAGGAGGACAAAAGCGCCGCCUUGGAGCUCGAUCGCAAGCUGAACUUUGAAGGCGAAGCACGGCACCGGAAGAGCUCGGACGAAAAUUUCUGGACCUGCGGGUUCUGCUUCGACGACGAGUUGACGGCAUCCGACUGCAUCACCUGCACCGAGGGCACGCAUGUGUAUUGCAAGCCGUGUGUGAAGAAGUACAUUCAACAGCUCGUCAGCGGCGAAUAUGGCACGAAAAUCAUCCAGCGGAACGCGGCCGCGCAGCGCUUGCUGUGUCCCCAGGCGGGCGAGGAAUUUAGCGAUUGCCCCGGGUGUUUCACCUUGGAUUCGCUGCAAAGCCUGGAAGAGUUGGACGCUGCUGGCGAUGAUACUUCGCCAACCAGAGGGCCCUCGUCGCCGAGGUCGCCGGAUAGGCAUGCUCGACCUGCUCAAGGAGAAGCAGACCAUGCAAACGAGGAUCCCGUGGCGUUUCUGUUUCCGCCAGACGCAGCUACGCCGCCAACAGCGGUAGACGUGAGCACCCGCCGACCAGACACAAGGACGACCACCAAAAAAUCGGAAAAAUUGAAAUUCACAGUGCUGUCAUCUGCGUCUCAUUCCCUGAAGACCAACAAUUCCAUCAGACAGCUGCAAAAUUGGUGGCAGCGUUUGCAUUUGCUGCAGGCAAACAAGAGCCGGAAGCAGCAGUCGGUGCACCGACGGCAGUACUUUCAAAAGAUCAUGAAGCAAGUGAAAGACGUCGUCCGAAAAGAUCACUUAAACAUUGACGCCGAGGAGAUGCGGUUUUUCUGGUCCACGUUUUCCUUCGCCUGCAACCUGUUCGUUCGCACGUGCCGGCUGGGAGCCUCAUGGGCUGUGGUACAGCGAGGCUUGAAGUACCUUCUUCGGCAGCUGCGCCACCUGCGCGCUCGCCUCUUGCAGCUGUGCAACAACCUCGAGGAACGCUUGCAUGCGCGGUUCCCCCUCCUAAUCGAGAUUGGCGACGCCCUAGCUAACGCUCGAGCCCGGCGCGCUGCGAGGCGGGAGAUGAACAACGCGCUGCGCCACAGAGAAGGGGGUCAACCCGACGUCGCGCAAGCAGGAGCGCCAGCAGCUGCACCUCCUCCAGAAACUACACCCACAGCUCCUGGCAGCGCAUCUUCUUCGAUAGAUGCGCUGAGUCUGUUUUGCGAAGAAGUGCUGCCCCCGCCGGAGCUGUCCAACGUGCAUUCCUGCCCGUUUUGCGGCCACCAGGCCGUACCACCGGCGCCCGUCGCGAAUCUGGUGUACCAGGACGUCCUGACGAAUUGGGAUUUCUUCAAGUACACAGUGCCUUUCCUUCUCGCCGUCUACCUCACCGUCUACCUACUGGUGUACAUUCCCCCGUUCUCCUUCCUUGCCCACCGCACUUGGUACCUGUUCUACGACAUCUUGGUGUGUUACCUCCUCUGCGGGUACUUCCUCGCGCUGCCCGGCAGACUUUGGAGCGGCUUCGUUUACCCGAUUUUUUCCACCGUGUUCAGACUCAUGCGCUUCGUCCUGUGGACCUCCUGGAUCGCGACGGAGGAAUCCUCCAGCAGCCCCGGGUGGUCGUAUGUUGGUGAAAGAAUACAACAAGGAGCGAUGUUGUACGAUCAAGACACAACUGGAACUACUCGAGGACCGGACGACAUACAAUUGCUCUCCGCGAGCAAGGUCCGAGCGGGAGCGUACCACGCACAAUUGCUCGAGGACCUGAAUGAAAAUGCGUACCGGCUGACAAAGGAAACCAUGCCAGGGAACCAGUCUGUCAAGCUGAGCUUGGACGACCAUCAAGAACCGCACUCGGACGGCGGAAACUACCAGAUUUUCGAUCUGUUUUCCACGCUGAAUGCUCUUCUGACCGCCCACCACACUCGUGUGUCCGCAACUUGGGCCAAGAUCCGAGAUUUCGUGGCCCUGCCGUACGACCUGUUCUGCAGCUUCGUCUUGGAAGUGGUGUACUUUUUCGGCUUCUGCGUCUGGCUAGUGUUCGUCUUCUACAGCAUUGCCGCCUUCAUCUACCUGUUCUACAUCUACAUUCCUCAGUUGUGGCACACGCUAGCCAAGUACUUCCUCCCGCCCGAGAAACGCGCGAAAGUCCACUAUUUCACGGCCCGACUGUCCCACGACCUGCGGUCUAACUUGCCGGUGCUGGGGGAUUUCGAAAACAACGCGCUGCUGUCGAAUACUGGCUGGAACAUGAAUCUAACCGCCGUCAGCGGUCAGCAAUCUUCGCAAAAUACGGCAGCGGGAGGACCACAAACUGAGGGUGGCGCGGCAGAGGAUACCGCUCGUGUUUACCCAGUGAACUUACGUUGCACGAACCCUAACUGCGGCAUGCUGAUCUGCAACCUGUGCAACCAAGAAGCGCACUAUUUCCCCGUUUUUCACGAAAUUGGGUCCACCGCGACGGGUUCUGGAACUGCUUCGUCCUCUAGUUCAUCGAGUGCAACUACGCCGUCCUCGCGACUGGACUGCGUGCUUCCCUUUCUGGACCGGAUUAAGGUGCCGAACCUCGAGGCACUGCUGCACUACAUGCAGGAAGAGAUGUCGAGGCAGAAGAUGCGGCGGUGCGUGGAUUGCGGGCUCCCCAUCACGCUGGGCGACGGCUGCAACAAGAUCCGGUGCCCCGACUGCCAUGUGGCCAUGUGCUACGUGUGCAACAGCAAGGUCACGGGGUACGAUCACUUUUGUCAGCACGUGUGGGACCCAAGUUGGACGAAGUGCAACAAGUGUAACAAGUGCCACCUGUACAAAAACAAUGACGAAGCCCUGGUGAAGCGCGCCGGGGCGAGCGCGUUGGACUUGUUUGUGCGGAAGUUCUCCAGUCAAAAAUACACCAGCGUGGGCGGCGGCGCGCGGCUUCGCGACCGCCUAAUCCAGCAAAACGGCGGCCGCAGCAGUCUGAAGGUCACUUUCGGGAACGAUCUCACGUUCCGCCUGUAGGAUACAAGGACGACGACCACUGCGAGAAGUGUGCAUGCCGGUAUACUAGGACCGACAUCAAUAGAUACAGACACAGCAAACCGCAUCAAGUUCAAGCGAAGAUAAAGUGAUGUUCUUGUAAAAUGACGAAGCGACCAUGACCAACGCAAGAAUGAAUCCACAACAAGUCAGUGCCUCGGCCUGGCACGGGCACAGGCUCCGCAGCUAAGAC